UCCAACUGCGAGUCGCACAAAUCUAGGACAUUAUUAUAAAAAAGGGGAAUUCCUGAUUAUUAUUCACUUUUUAUUGUUUCUACAGGACCUUAUCACGCAUUACGGAUCUAUUACGAACUUGAUUGUUGCAGAGAAGAGACAUUUUGUGAAUUUCAUGUUUAUAUUUAUUCUCCAGAUUUUCUCCAUAAAGAACAUUUUUGGACCGGAUAUUCAAAUAUCCUCGUUGCUUUUUUUUUCUUUUACUUUUUUUUUUAUUAUUUUCUGGAAAACAUGCUCAAUAACGUCGAUUUGAACUCUCAGGACUCUUUCUACCCCCAGUUUGACACCUGUAACGACUCAGCCAUCGGGAUGAUGGACAGUAAGGAGCAUCAGGAUGUCUUUAUGGACGCUGAGCGCACAGCACCUACUCAGUUUGCACACGAUACAACAAUCACUCCCAAAACGGAGCCCACCAGCGCGGAUCAAUACUCCUCCUGUCACGGCCCUAAGGGAAGCUACGACGCCUCGCUGUCCUACUCGGGCAGUUUCUACGUGGAGGCGUGUCAGGGCGCCCCCUGCAGCGCGGAAACGCUGCUUAACAUGAUCACCGAGAUCGUGGGCAUCUCCGCGGGCCCACUUCCAGAAGCGCAGCAGCAGCCCCAGCCUCAGCCUCAGCAGCAACAACAGCAAAACGCCACCCCAAAUGCACCACAAGAACUUCCAUCCUCUGAGCCUGGGACCUUCCCUGUGGUCGUGAAAAGUGAGUUUGAGAACAGCGGAGGCUGUUAUUACGAGUGGAACUCCUUCGGGAAAACUGACACUUACGGUUUUCCAACAUCUGGCGACUUUUCCUCCGAUCAGCAGCAGCAGCAGCAUCAGCAUCAUCAGGUGGAUAUGAAAGAUCUGCUGGACUCGCUGUCCAGCCCUGACAUAGAGUUUAAGGUGGAAGCCGGAAUUAAGCAGGAACAAGGCUUCGGGGAUGCUUGUGGUCAGAGUUUUGGUGCUCCUGCGUUUAACUACUCUGUCAUGGACGCACCAUCAAAUAGCCUCCUGAAACCGGGUGUGUUUCCAAACUUCCAGCCCAUCCCUGCUCCGGGACAGUGCGAGCCUCCGACCUACGCGACCUCCACCAUCGACUCGCUCCUGUAUUCCACUCUGCUUCCCCCGGAGCCAUUGGCACCAAGCCGCGCACGCGCGCCGAAGCGCAAGAGCAGCGCCGCCGCCUCCGGUUCUUCCUCCACCGCCAAGGAGAAGCCCUUCACGUGUCCGAUGGGCUCCUGCGACCGUCGCUUUUCUCGCUCGGACGAGCUCAACCGGCACAUUCGAAUUCACACGGGCCACAAGCCGUUCCGGUGUCGCGUGUGCGCGCGUAGCUUCAGCCGCAGCGACCACCUCACCACGCACACGCGUACGCACACCGGCGAGAAGCCGUUCGCGUGCGAUGUGUGCGGGAAGAGGUUUGCGCGCAGCGACGAGCGCAAGCGGCACGGCCGUGUGCACCUGCGGCACAAGGAGAAGACGCAAGAGCUCGGCGCUUGGCCCUUCGCUCUCCCCGAGGCCAUCUGAAGAACGAGUAAAACCAAAAUCCGGUGCCAAAAUGCGCUUUGUAUUUGGUGUGCACACGAUCUUGGGAAGAUCCACGGUUGCUAAGGUUCUUAGUCGGAGGCUCAACGUGCACUGUGCGCAUGUACUUCUAAUUAUUAUUAUUUAGAUUUUAAUUUGUCUGCCCUCUUCCCCACAAAAAACCCUGCACACAAAACAAAAAGGUUCCUGGAAUAUUUCUUAUGGGUUUUAAUGCACGGAAUCCUUUAAAGUGCCCACAGGAACUUCGUUGGAAAGGUUCCUAAAAACUGAAAUGGUUCCAAUAUGAACAAUCCUAAUGGAACCUAGUUUAUAGUGUGCACAUGUUUUUUUCUCUUUUUUUUCCAGGUGGAGUUGUGUUUUAAACUAAAAUUAAUUCUUAGCGAAACAGACUAACUCAUGUUCACCUUCCAGAGGGGACAGACACACUUUUACAGAGAGGGCCUUUAAUAUCGUGGAAAUAUGAAUGGACAGUUCAUAGUAAACUACUUCCUCUACUCAUAUUAGUCCAUCACAUUGAAUCAGAGACAAAACAUCUUUUUUUAUUUUAUUUUAUGCGUUUUUAUUUAUUUAUUCUUUGAUUUGGAGGAACUGGAUGGAGAAUGUUUUUAGGCAAAGGAGCGAGUUGUACAAGGGUGCCAGAAGUUUUUUCUUUCAAAGGGAACAGGGGGAUCUUCCCUACAGAAAUGCCCUUCAUGAUGCUUGCUCUGUGUGCAGCAACUGCAUAAACUCUUUAACCGUUUAACUUUUGUGCUCCAGGUUGUUUGCAGAGCAGCCAAACGCUUUCGAGCUGCAGUUCAGCACCUUGACUCUGGAACAGCUCCUAAAUCUAGUUAUUUUUCAUUUUAUUUUUCUCUCCACCCUUCCUUCCUUCCUUCCUUCCUUCCUUCCUUCCUUCCUUCAUUCCUUUCUACCUUCCUUUCUUCCUAACUUUAUUUUAUUUUCUUGCGCUGGAUCGUAUUGCACUUCUCUCCAACUUUUGUGCUUUUUGAUAUUGCAUGUUUACUGUUCAUGUAAUAUGAUGAUUAAUAAGCUAAUGUAAUAAUUGAUGCCUCACUGCAGAAGUGAGACUUUACCUCGUUUCUACAGUACAUCAUGGUGGUGGCUUUUUCACCUUUUGGAACUUGGACACACCACGACUUGUGGUUCAUAUGUGCCAAGAGGUUCCUUUUCCUUUUCCUUAAAUUAGUGUCAAUUUACGUGUUUUAUUUCAUUGCAAUGCUAUUGAUUGAAUGGUAAAUUGUGUUGUUUGAUAAGGAAGUUAUUCUACUACAGCUGUCAGUGCAAAAAUAAAUAUAUUUAUAUGGCAAUGUAUGAUUAUUUGUAUUUUUGUAUUUUUCUGUUUGUCUGAAUAGUUAAGAUGACAGUUUAUUUCGAACCUUUUGAACUCACAGUGUUUCCUGCCUGCUGUAUAUUAAAGGGAAAUAAAAAGCAGACCUCCACACCUAAAAAUAAAGCGUGAAAGAGUUAAGAAUUCCUGAACAAGUGUACAAGUUUACAUUUACAAGAGACACAAAGCAUUUCUGUCCACUUAGAACCCGUGUUUCGUUGUUUGACAGACCCCUAGUUUGUGUAUGUACAUAAAUGAAUGAAUUAUGAAUCAUCUAGCUCACAUGGCUCUUUGUAGUGUGUAAUGUGAUGAAGACUAGAAUAGCACCAGGCUGGACAUUGCUGUUGAGUAACUUAGGUAGCACACAUUGCUGCAUUUUCUUUUCU